AUGGCAGAUACUCCUAGCUCAAGAUUUGGCGAGCUGCCCACAUUAGAACUGCCUUCUUUCUUGGAGUUCUUGAAGCUAAAGAACUUUCCAUUGAAAGUGUAUCCUUCAGUGUAUGAGCCUCCUCGACCUACAAAGGACACCUUGUUCAUCUACGGCCCUGGUUAUAGAAAUAACCAAGCGAGUUUUGAUGUCGACUGCCUUGUCAUUCAGAUGUAUCUCAAAUUCUGUGGCAUUGAUUUCCAAGUGAACAACAUCAACGAGCCAGCUGCUUCGCCUUCAGGCAAAUUACCCUUCUUAGCCACAGUAUCCGGCUCCAUUUACAAUGAUCAAGAAACUGUCAACUGGGUCAAGGAAACAAGGAAUUUGGAAAAGCAUUUAUCAAACGACAAAGACAGAGAACAAGCCAAAGCAUUUGUAACACUUGUCGAGACAAAACUCAAAGCAGCAUUGUUAUUUUCCAUGUGGUUAGAGCCAUUGAACGCCAAUCAAACGACAUAUAAAUCUUACUAUGGACAUACACCUACUCCCGUCAACAUGAUAGUGUCCUACAAGAAGCAAAAAGAAAUUGUUCAGAGUUUGUUGACGGAUCGUGACAUUUUGGUCAGAGAGGAGAUCUAUCAAGACGCUGCGCAAACAUUAGAGGCUCUUUCAGUAAAGUUGGGUGAUCAGCCUUACUUUUUCGGAUCAAGUGAACCAACAUACAUUGAUGCCGUUAUUUUCUCCUAUCUUCACUCCAUUCUAAGCAUGCCAAAGAUUGUGGAUGGUGAUUUUCCUGAGGAAGAAAGAAAGCAAGCUGCAACAUUGAGUAAACUAGCCCGUAAGCAUGAAAAUUUGGUGAAAUAUGCAAAGGCCAUCUAUGAAAGUUGGUUGAAAUAA